GUACGUGCAAUCAGCUGUGCAAUUUGUGAAUGUGUACGCUGUACGCAUAGGCGAAAUAAGCAUAGAUUCUAUAUGCACAACAGAAGAACUAAUAUUGUUCAAUCAAGAUGAGUAAAUACGUGAAUCUGAUGAAUGUGGGCACUACUUAUGCUAUGCGCAUGAAUCGUCUGAGUAAUCGAAUCUUUGGCGAAGCAGUUAGACCAACUAAUCAGAAAUCGAUGAAAGUCGUAAAGCUCUUUAGCGAGAAACCGGUGAACAAACGACCGGAGAUUGUAGAAUAUUAUCCAAGAUUUAAAGAGACUGAGCUAUUAAUGACACAUCUGCGUAAUUACGGUCUGUUUAGGGAUGAGCAUAAAGACUUUAAGGAGGAAUUCGAACGUUUGAGACAACUUCGUGGUAAAACUAAAUGGGUACCACCGUACUUAAGAAAUAAAUCCAAACCAUCCUAAGAUAAUUUAUAAUUGAGUGUAGCAAAUACAACAAAAAAAUUGUU